CGCUGCCACCGCGAUGAUGCAGCAGGUUGCGCUUCAGAACGUAUCAUCGUAAAUACCAGGAUUCCUGUGCUCGAGCCUCGGAGUGCGGCAUGGCUGGUGUGAAAGGUCCGGCGUCUAUGUGUACGUUCUUGAGAUAUUGGGCAUAAUCGUCGGGUCCCUUACUAUCAGAGGAGGUGACAGGACUGGUGGUUAUAUCAUAGUACAUCAGGGCCUUAUCAAUGCCUUUGGAGAGAAACCUGUUUGCGUUUGCUGUACAAUACAUAGCCAUCCCUACUGUCCUCAAGGAUGGACUCAGACACGUGGCAGGUGGUCAGUAAGAAGAAGGCAAUCAAGAAGAAAUCCAUGAGGCCCAAAGAAAAUCUAGUUUCUGAAGCUGGAGGAACUAUGCAGCCUCAUCCUUUGUAUCCGCUUAAAGACUGUAAAGCUGUCACCAAGCAAUUGAAUGAAACAGUAGAGAAUCUGAGGCUAUCUGACUUUUGGCACUCAUGUCAUGGCUGUCUUAAAAAAUGUCAGCAAAUAGCUCAAUUGACUGCAGGGCACAACUGUGGUAGUGACAAUCUAAUGAAAACUCUGCAACUCAAGGAAUCUCCCUCCAGCGCUCUCCAAUAUAUUGACUGUGUGUGCUAUGGUCUGGGAAACUUUACAUCGUGUGUUAUAUCGCGACACCAAAUGGCCUUCUUACUUUUGAUCCUGGAACUUUUUAAGAUCCCAAGACACCAGUGCUAUAUUUUUGACCCAAUAUUUUCCCAUUUGGAGAUUACUGUACUUCAAGAACUAGGCAUGACUCUUGUCUUGAAAAAUGAGGAGGGGAAGCAUGCUGUAUGUAAAACCACCUUGUUCUACAUGGUUCAUUGUGGGAAGGCUCUCUAUAAUAAUUUGCUGUGGCGGAACUGGUCAUUGGAUGCUUUGUCACAGAUGAUAAUCAUCGGCAACAGUUUCAAAGGGAUAGAAGAACGAUUGUUAUCAAGAAUCCUACAGAGAGAUUAUGUUUAUAUCCAUAAGAGUUUACAAGUUAUUGAAGAAACACCAUUUCCAGAGAGUACUCAAUACAGUGAUAUUUUCAAUGACACAUCCAUCCACAGUUUUAUUGUCGCAAAACUGAAGAAUUUACCUAAAGAAAUAUGGCAGCCUGAGGAUGAGCCUCAGUACAAAGAAUGUGAGGACCUGGAGAUCAUCCGCAACCCUAGAAGCUAGCCUUGACUGCACUCUCCAUACUGCCUGGACUUCACAUAAAGGGGCACUUCCAAAUAGCAGAUGGCACCACUGGUUCUCUCCUUGCACCCAGGACUACCAGUCACACCUGGAACAACAGAAGAUGGUAGUGCUGGUACUCACUGUAACUUUUACAUCCAACCACAAUGAUUCUCUGCAUACAAUCGGAUUACCUUUCUAAUAGGGGAGAAUGCUUUUGAUUUUAUUUUUUUACGUAUGAUAUUUUGCUCCUAGACUCCCUGACACUAGGGUUAUUUAUUUAUUUAUGUUUAUGUCAGGCGCCAGUUAAUCUACCACUAUAUUUUUGGAUUGUGGGAUCGUGUGUACACAUCAGAGCGAUCCUAAUGAAGGAUGGAACUAUCACUGUUCUGUCUUGCAUUAGUAUACAUGAUGUUGCUAGCGAUAUAUCGCCCACCUGGACGUGCAGCACAGUCUACUGGGAGACAUCGCUAUCGGGCAUCCGCAAAAUCAUGGGUACGGGCUAGACCAUCUGGCCAAUAUGUCGUUAAGAUUCGCCCACAAACAACAUAUCGUGCCGACAUCGUCCCGGUCUGCACCCAGCUCAUCACGUGCUUCAACCGCUAGAACUAUGGGUUUAACAUGGUAGGAUACAGAUAAUUCAGGGACUCUGCUGUGAGUGCAUUAAGGGUGGUGUGAUGGUAGAUUCAUCAAUUGAUAACGUUACACAGUAUGCACCUUAUUAAUUGCACCAGUGCACCUCAUUAAUGCAAAUAUCUAAUCAGCCGGUCAUAUGGAAGCAACUAUGGGGGUCAUUCCGACCCGAUUGCUCGCUGCAGUUUGUCGCAGUGCAGCGAUUGGGUCAGAACUGUGCAUACGCCGGCGCAUGGCAGUCAUCGCUGCCUAGCGAUCGCCUCUGAGACAGAGGCGAUCGAUGGGUGGGAGGGGCUGACGGCGGCAUUAAGCCGCCGUUUAGUAGGCGCGGUCCGGCCAGCGCAGGCGUGGCCAGACCGUUGGGGGGGCAUGCCGCAGCGGCUGCGUAACGUCUCACGCUGCGGCCAGCGGCAGCAACAAUUAACUCCCGGCCAGUCGCAGGAGCUGCGCUGGCCGGGAGUUACUCCUCAAAUACAAAGGCAUCGCCGCUGUGCGAUGCUUUUGUAUUUGUGCAGGGAGGGGGGGUGGCACUGACAUGCAGGGCAGACUUGCCCUGUGCUGGGCGUGCCCCCGCAUGUCAGGAAAGAUGAUUGUAGCUGUGCUAAAUUUAGCACAGCUACGAUCAACUCGGAAUGACCCCCUAUGUACAGUGUUGUAAAACACUUGUGGCACCCUAGAAAUAAAUUAUAAUAAUAACUCAGUGCAUAAAAGCAUUCAGAAUGGUGAAGAGGUACAGUUGUUCAGACCAAACGCUACAAUGGUGAAGAAAUGUGACCAAAGUUAUUUUGAACUCGGUGUGAUGAAGGGGACAGUGUGGUAAAAUACUAAGAAUUGGUCACUAAAGCUGUUCCUGUAUUGUUUGUAAGUUCCUAGAAUGUUUUCUGUGUUAUGUUCCUUUUUAAUGUUUAAACAUAGAAUGUUAUGGCAGAGAAGAACCACUUGGCCCAUCUACACCUGUAAAUGAACACUCUAGGGUUAAAUUUUUUGUUGGAAGACAAUUAAGCUACCAGUAUAUUUUUGGAUUGUGGGAGGAAACUGGAGUACAAAGGGGAAACCCCACGCAAAGACAGGGAGAAUAUACAAACUCCUCACAGCGCCAUGGUGGAAAUUGAACCUAUGACCUCAGUGGUGUGAGGCAGUAAUGCUAAUCAUUACACUAUGUUUGUAAUUUCUUUAAUGUUUAAAACUUUGAAUAUGAGGAAAAAUAACAAACAAUAUAAAGGGCAUGACUCAAGAACAAAAAUAAAGUGCUAUGGAUUGUUUGAGGGAGGGAGGGGGGCCCCAUGAGGUCUAUAUCUGGCUCUGAAACCUGGGGGACUAUAGAGUGUAAGCUAGAAGAAGAAGUAAAAGAAGAUAAGUGCCUAAUAAAAAGGUGCUCUUUCCAGUGGGCAGGCCAAUCAAUGCUGGACAAAGCCAAUCGGAUGGAAGGGUGAACAGUGUUAGGCUGCCAAGGAGAAAUUGUGUUUCUGUAAAUUGUCCUCCACCCUCAAAAAUAAAGGCGUUUCAGCUAUGCA